AUGUCUCUGAUUCCGAGUUUCUUCGGCGGUCGACGGAGCAACGUGUUCGACCCGUUUUCACUGGACGUUUGGGAUCCAUUCGAAGGCUUCCCUUUCUCCGGCGCCGUCACGAACUCUCCGUCCUCCGCCAGAGAAGCCUCGGCGGUGGCCAACGCGCGGAUCGACUGGAAGGAGACGCCGGAGGCGCACGUGUUCAAGGUGGAUGUCCCCGGAUUGAAGAAAGAGGAGGUCAAGGUCGAGGUGGAGGAUGGUUCUGUCCUACAGAUUAGUGGGGAGAGGAGCAAGGAGCAGGUGGAGAAGAACGACAGGUGGCACCGUGUGGAGAGGAGCUCCGGCAAGUUCCUCCGCCGUUUCCGGCUGCCAGAGAAUGCCAAGCUUGAUCAGGUGAAGGCGGCUAUGGAGAACGGCGUGCUGACGGUGACGGUGCCGAAAGAGGAGGUGAAGAAGCCUGAGGUCAAGGCAAUCGACAUCUCGGGUUAGGAAAUGAUUAUAUCAACAGAAAGUUCCACAGUAAUGAAACUUCCCGAAGAUUUUACAACAGCGACAAGUACUCGACCAAGUUCUGCAAGGACCCGUACAAAGAUCCACCAGGCUUAACACAAAGAUUAGACUUCUCUUUCAAACAUAAAGCCUUCCCUCUAAUUUCUCCCUUUCUUCUCCAUUCCCCAAUAUCCUUUCAAUAGCCAUCUCAAUCUCUUCCCUUCUAAACCCGCCUUCCAAACACAAACCGACCCGCCAAACGUGCCCCACGUAUCGUGCAUUCACCAACUGAUCUGUAAAGCACGGGCUGCAAAUCAUCGGCACCCCUUCACAUACGCUCUCCAACGUCGAGUUCCAUCCGCAGUGCGUCCAAAAAGCUCCAACCGAAGGAUGUGACAGCACUUUCAUCUGUGGGGCCCACCUAACAAUAUGCCCUCGUCCGUUUACCGUUUCUAAAUAAUUUUUCGGUAAACGUUCCAGCCAAUCAGAGCCUUUAACUAGUCCUGGCCGAACCAGAGGAAGGGAUGCUUGCUGCCGGCUAAUCCCCAGGCUAUCUCGACAAAAUCUUUUUCUUCUAUUGCUGCAAUGCUGCCGAAGCUCACGUAGAUAACCGAUAUUGGAUGUUGCUUGUCGAGCCACGAGAUUGAACUGUGGUCUUCUUCGAAUAAACUGCUACUUGAAGAGGCUGGGAAGUGCUUGUGAAAUGGACCUAAUGGGAAGAUUGGGAUUUCGAAGUCCCUGCGAAGUUUUUCGAUUGCCGAGUCUUCGAGUUCUUGAAAGGAGUUAAAGAUUAGUCCCGACGAAGCCUUUGUUUGUUCUACCAUGGCUUGCACUAGCUCAUACAGUUUUUCUGGAUUAGGUGUGUUGAUUAUUGGGAGAUCCUUGAUUCUUAGUGGAGGAAGCUCCUCUACUAGAUCUUCCAGCUUCUUCUUGUCUGCUUAGCAUGGAAUAAGUUAACUAACCACUUCUUUCAAGUACUCGAAAAGAAAAAAAAAAAUAUAGCUAAAAAGUAAAAACAAACGCAGUACCUUGAAGCGGGAGAUAGCCUCGUUCGAGUAGGGAUGGAAAAGCGGCAAAAGCCAAGAAAGAACACACUCCACCAGUCCUCAGAACAAUCCUCGGAACUUUCAAACUCUUGCAAACUGCUGAUGUGAAAUGUAAGAUGGCAUCUGAGACCACACAGGAGACUGGUUCAGUUGAGUCGUCGGUCAACAGGUCGGUCAAGGCCAGCCUGAAGGGCUCGACACAUCGGACAUUGAGCAUUUCAAGUAAGGAGAGAGUAUCGGUUUUCGGAUAUCCAUUGUCGAUUUCGAACAUGCUGACGUGGAUUGGUCGAAACGUGAAAUGAGGGUGGUUCGAUGGGUUUGGAGAGUUGAGGCUGGUGUGGAUGAUGGUUAUGGAGAAGCCUCGAGAAUGGAGAAUGUUUGCCAGCUGGAGCAUAGGGCUGAUGUGGCCUUGGAGUGGGAGAGGGAAAAGUAUCAGGCGCCGGCCACCGGUUCUUGGCUGUUGUGGUUGUUCAGGCUGCUCUGUGGAGUUCUCCAUGGAUUUUUUUUCCCCUUUUUUUAAGGCAAGGUAAUUCAAGUUUGGACUAGUGUUGAUAAAGGUGUACUGGUUUGAGAC